GCCUUUCUUCUGUCCCGUCAGGUAGAGCUCUUGGUGUUUCACCUGUCUUAAAAACUGUUCUACUGCAGACUACCACGAGAACUUUCAGUCUUCAGAGUCUUCAAGUCCUAUUGACCAUGUCCAUCCAGUCAUUCCAAAACCAACAUGAGGAGGCCUACGCCUCCCUGAUGAGAGGCAUGAAGGAGCUGGAACUACAGGGACCCUGUGUUCCCAGUGACCUGCUGCUGAUCGGAGACCAUGCCUUUCCUUUGGCAAUGAACAGCCGAGGUCAUGUCCUGAUGGCUGCCUCUCUGUAUGGCAGUGGAAGGAUUGUGGUCCUGGGUCAUGAGGGCUACCUGACUGCCUUUCCUGUUCUGGUAGAAAAUGCUGUGACCUGGCUGAGAGGUGAUGGCUCCGAUAACCUCUCUGUAGGGGUGCACAGAAAUGUCAGUGCAGUUGCUGAUAACCUCCAAAAAUCCAGCUUCCAAGCAGAAGUUGUGGGGGCCUUCAGUGACAACCCGGGGGUUGGUGUUUAUGUGACAGACACCUACAGCGUGGGUUCAGACCCGAAGGAGCUGGUGUCGUUUCUGAAAGCCGGAGGAGGGGUGCUGAUGGCGGGGCAGGCGUGGAAUUGGGCUGCAGAUCACCCCAAAGAGAACACGCUGCAUCAGUUUGAUGGGAAUAAAGUGUCGGGUGUGGCAGGGAUCUACUUCUCUGAUCAUCCGGGCGAUGUGGAGAACCUGCCUGUCUACCCUCAGAUCCCUUCUUCCUGGAUGUCUGUAGUCAUUGGUAAGGAUUUUGAGGACGACUUGCAGUUCUUGCUCCAGGGGAUUUCAGAGUUUGAGCUCCCACAUGGGUCCACUGCUUCUGAGCUUCUAGUCCACGGCCCACUAGCUUUUCCCAUCGGCACCACAAAUGAUGGACAGGUCUUCCUGGCGGGAAGCUACUAUGGACAGGGACGAGUCAUUGUGACAACACAUGAAGGAUACUUGGGAACAGAGAGCUUGGCUCCAUUCUGGCAAAACGCCAUCCACUGGUUGGAUGAAGGCCGCAGAGGGGUUGUUGGCUGUACGGUGGAUCGUGCACUCAACAUUCUCAGCAAGUCAGGGCUGCAGUGUGAGAAGACAGACUUCAGGAAAGACCUCAGCGUGUUUGUGUGUACGGCGUAUAUCACUGAGCAAUUGGAGGAAAUCCAAAACUUCGUGGCAGAGGGAGGAGGCCUGCUGAUUGGAGGACACGCCUGGUGGUGGGCACAGACACAUGAUGGGCAAAAUGUCCUAACAGAAUUCUCAGGAAACAAGCUCCUGAACAAAAUGGGACUGAGCGUGUUAGGGUCAACAAUUGGAGGAGGAUCAUACAAAGCACCUGAACCCAGCAAGGCUAUUAAAGAUACCUACCACUUCCGCCACCUUCUCAACCGCUUAGCCGCCAAUGUGACUACGGAUGAGCAACUUAGCGAGCAUGAAGAGAGAAACCUGAAAAGGCUGGGCUACGACUGCAGCACUUACUUGCAGAUGAAAGCCCAUGACUGUGCCCACUACAGACAAGUGCUGAGCACACUUACUGAGGUGUUGAUGAGGUCAGGCCUGCCACAGGUGAGUGAAAGCUGCCCUGUAAGGAGUCCCAAAGACCGCCUCCUUCUCACGGUGGGGCCAGAGUUAUAUAAGGUUUCCCCAAAUCCUGAUGCCCUCCUGCCCCACCUCCUCAAGGACAAUCCACUGAUGCCUGUUGUCUAUAACCACCGGAUAAAUAUUGAUGUUAAGACAGCAGAUAGGGAAGAGUGGAUCAGUACAGGUCUCUACCUAUCUCCUGGUAUGAAGACCUAUGUAGCCAUACCACCUCAGAUUGUCAACAAGGAUUGGAAGAUUCAGAUAGGCUGUCAAACUGAUAACCUGCACCAUCAUAAUGAGCUGAAAAGACCACCGUGUGUUCUUGAGCGAUUUGAUGUCACCUCAGAGAUGAUGCAGGUUUGGAACCUUUGGGGAGGACUCAUCUACCUGGUGGCCCCACCCAAUACACAAGUGGAGGGAGUGGCGGUCAUAGUGCAAAUGGCUGUACCUGCUCCAUAUUAUAAGUCUGGUGUCACAACUGCAGCUCAGUGGUCGUUGCUGCGUGCAGCUCCUUCACCCUGGGCAGAGUUGGAGUUUGAGAACAUCAUCCUCAUCGUGUCAUCAGAUGCUGUUCGGGACCUGGAGCGACCAGAUGAGUUGGCUGCUCUUUGGGAUGAAAUCAUGAGGGCCAUUGCAGAUCUGGCUGCCAAACCACACAAAUUUCCCCGCAAAGAGCGCUUUGUGUCAGAUGUGCAGAUUUCUCAUGGUUAUAUGCAUGCAGGUUAUCCUGUUAUGGCACAUUCAGACGCAGCUGCUGAACUGGUCGGUGCUAAGAAAGGUAAAGGCAUGUGGGGCCCCAUCCAUGAGCUGGGACACAACCAACAGAGAGGCUGCUGGGAAUUCCCAUCACACACCACAGAGUGCACAUGCAACCUGUGGUCAGUGUACGUCCAUGAAGAGGUGCUGGGCAUCAACAGAGCACAGGCUCAUGAAGCUGUAAAUGCAGAAAACCGAAAAAAUCGAAUGGAGGAUUACAUCAAGGGAGGCAGGAAUCUCGACAGCUGGAGCAUGUGGGUGGCCCUGGAAACAUAUCUGCAGCUGCAGGAAAAGUUUGGCUGGGAUGCCUUUAAGAAGGUGUUUGCUGCUUACCACCACAUGAGCAACUUCCCCGGUGACAACAAAGGGAAGAUGAACCUGUAUGCUGAGACUUUCUCCCAGACUGUGGGGAUGAACCUGACUGGAUUCUUUAAGGCCUGGGGCUGGCCCAUUGAAACAGCCACUGAAGAGAAACUGUCCAGUCUGCCUCCCUGGAGUGAUCACCCCUUGAGCCAGUAUGCCUGAACCUGGUUUCAAGGAGUACUGAUAUCUUGGCAUGAAGUGUACAAUGGACAAUACAGCGAUCUGACUUUGUUCUUUGUUGUUGUAGUUUAUAGUAUCUGAAUAGAGAAACAGAAAUGAUGUACUGUAGUUGCAGAUUUUGUAGUAUAGAGGGAGGGAGUAUAGCAGGCUUUCAAAGCUGUACGACCUGCAGUAUAUGUACUGGGUUGAAAUCAGAUAAAGGUAGCACACUCUGAAAUCAUUCACAACAAAACAAAAUAAAAAUCAAAACAUAAAUGCAGAUUGCAGAGGUUUUGAAGCACAGACACCUGAUCUUCCACUUAAUCCCAUCAUUACCUGAGGCAGUGGAUUGUCCUGUCUAAACUCCCUCCUCCUAGUUUGUUUAUUGUUUCAAUGAAGUAGCCUGUCCUGUCUUACUUGUAUACUUGUUCUUACUGGAUUGCCAUCUUACCUUUCAGGUAAAACUUUAACUUUCUUGUCAUUGUACUGUUUUUUUGUGAUUAAAAUAAUCAACUUCUGGUUGUCCAUAGGUUGUAGAUUGGUGUUUUGGUUGUUAACAUAAUGAUGUGUGAUUGUUUUAAGCUUUCUCAGCUCUUGUCCUGUUCUCACAGCCAUACUUGCAUGGCAAAGAACAGAUAUUAAGAAGUGGUUCUCUGUUGCCUCUCUUUUGUGGUCCUGGGUCAUUAUAGCCUUGACUGGUCUGGUAGAAAAUGCUGUGACCUGGCUGAGAGGUGAUAGACAUGACAAGCUCUCUGUAGGAGUUAGGUAAAUGAGGGUGCUGAGUUACUGUGAGGCAAGGGAGGAGGAGCAGCCCUACUCUUCGCCACCACACCCUGGUAGCCUAAAUGGGACAAAGCCACGACAACCAUCAUGGGUGCGUGUAUCUGUGUUUCCCUGUGCGGGUGAUGGAGGGGAUGUAGCCUGUUUGUCCUGUGUGAUGGAGCAUUUUUGUUAUAUUUACUUCUGAAUACGGGUGAGUUUUGCACACUGUACAGAAGUUACAGUGCUGUGAAAAAGUAUUUGCCUCA